GUGACGCAACGUUGCCAACAACAAAUGCUUCCAACGCUUGUGCACAGAUCCACUGAGGGAAUAUUCAAAGCGCCGGAUUACUGUCACGCUUUUCUCACUGGGAUUUAGUUUAGACUUGCAAACAUGAUUCCAGAGGAGAGCUAUGGAUCCAUUGAGAACAGGAUGCAGUCUGUGGGUCUGGCUCUGGAGGAGUUGCUGGUGACAGCUCAGAAACAAGACUGCCUGACCGUUGGCAUUUAUGAAUCAGCUAAACUUCUUAACGCAGACCCAGACAGUGUGGUGCUGUGCGUUCUGGCAGCCGACGACGGAGACGAUGCAGACGAUGUGGCACUGCAGAUCCACUUUACCCUGCUACAGUCCUUCUGCUGCGACAGCGGCAUUACCAUCCUGCGAGUCUCAGGACUUCAGAGGCUCCAGCAGCUGCUGGGUGCUGUGGAUGCAAACAGAAACCAGGAAGAGAACGGAGACCUUCACUGCAUGCUGGUUACGAACCCCCAGGCUGACCACUGCAGACUCCAAGAGGUGGGGACCUACUGCCAGGAGAGUCGACGCAUUGACCAGUGGGUGCCUGAACUGGUCCUGCAGGAACGCUGAGGGUCUAGCACCAGCAUACACCAACAAACAGGAGCUUUCUGGGUUCAGAUGAACUGAAGGAUCCAUUGUUGCUCAUGCAGGGACGGCCUGGAGCAGACUGGGAUGGGCUAUCCUGACUGAUGACAAGCAGGAACCAGGGACUUCCUCUCAGCGACUAGUGAAACAGUCAGAGUGGAGAACGGUUUACAAAAUCUGCUUUGUGCAAAAGAUACAGACAGAAAAGCAGAUUCACAUCCAGGUCACAUUGUUUUUACAUCGUCCGUAAAUCUAAGCUUCUAUUUUGUGCUUCUCUUUGGCUACAAUACAAUGUUUUAGGGGUGUGACAAUCAAUAACAGGAGUAGUAGCACUGAAAGAAAUGUGUCCACACCCCGAUUAGUACCUGGAAGACCUGUGUGUUUGGACUGGACAGGAAUGCUGUAAUGAAACUGUGCCCAACAUUCCUGUGUAUUCUGUCAUGGGAGAGUCCUUGGAGAAAAGGCGUGUGUGAAUGUGUGGUAUGCGUGCACAAUACUUGUGUCUUUCUUUAGAAAUGACUGGGCGGGCAGCGUGUGCGUUCUUGAAAUGAGCAGCUGAACCUGCGGAGGAAUCGUCACCAUGGAAACUGAAAUGGAAAUGAUGUUCAAGUUAAAGUCACACAGAGUUUAUUGGCAUUUCAGGGCCAAAAAUAAACCUAGGGGGGGCAAUGGACAUGAUGUUUUUGGUCAGAGGAGGAUACAGAGUGAGCAGAAUAAUGAACUGUGUGUGAUCUGAUGGAAAAAUGUCGGCUGUAAAUUCACAUUGUGCUGCAAAAAAACCCACAGUCAAUAUCUUUGUGCCUUCAGGAGUGCUGCUUUUUAUGAUCAAAUGCUGUUAAAAUAAUAUAAACAGUGCUACACUAGUAACUUAUUGAUUGUAUCAGUUGUUUGUGUAGCUAUUUAUGAUCUGUGCUCUGUUAACUAAGUCAAUAAAUUAUGAGUUCCUAA